CACAUCUCUCGUUCAUGAACAUUCAGACUUCUUGAUAUAGGCUACUGGAUGUAAUUUAAGCAUUUAUUUUCUCUGAAGAUACUUUUUUGUAAUCUCAAAACGUUUACAGUUUUGUCUUGAACGUUUAUUAUGGUUUAAAAUAAAAAUAUGUAUUUUAUUAGAGAGCUCUUCACUGUCGCAUUAUGGCUGAGCAAAUGUUGCUGUUCAUUUACCUGAAAGAGAUUAAUGUAAAUUCGUUUGGAAAGAUUUGUAGGCUAUAUCAGUAUCGUGAAGGAAAGUGAGAAGCCAUCAGAAAAAAAAAGCAAACAUGGAGACAUUUACCAUUCACGAUAUGCUCAUCAAUUCCACAGAUAUUUAUAAAAUAUUAUGUGGACUGGGAAUCGGGAAUAUGUCGGAGUGCAAAAAUGACAGUGAUGCCACAUUCGAACCGAAAGAUAUAAACCAGACGGUGCGGAUUGUGAUGUACAUUGUCAUCUUCCUCCUGAGUGUCAUAGGCAACAGCCUUAUCAUCGCUGUCCUGGUGCGGAACCGUCGUAUGCGGACAGUGACCAAUCUGUUCCUGCUGUCUCUAGCCAUCAGUGAUCUCAUGCUGUGUCUCUUCUGCAUGCCCUUCACCCUCAUCCCCAACCUCAUGAAGGACUUCAUCUUCGGCAACGGCGUAUGCAAAGUGGCCACGUAUUUCAUGGGUAUUUCAGUGAGCGUAUCCACAUUUAACCUCGUGGCAAUUUCUCUGGAACGCUACAGUGCUAUCUGCAACCCCUUUAAGUCCCGCACCUGGCAGACAAAGUCCCACGCCGCAAAAGUCAUCACAGCCACUUGGGUCGUAUCUUUUCUGCUCAUGUUGCCGUAUCCGAUAGGCAGUACCCUAGUGCCUUUCAUCCGCAAUAACAAUAGCACUGGUAACAUGUGUCGAUUGGUUUGGCCCAGUGAUGUUAUGCAAGCCUGGUAUGUUUUCCUGUUGCUGACACUCUUCCUUGUUCCCGGGAUCGUAAUGAUGACAGCUUAUGGCCUCACCUCACUCGAACUUUACAGGGGAAUCAAAUUUGAAAUGGCUAAUAGGAGGUCAAGCAGGGACAAAGAAUACAGCACUGCAAGUCUAAAACAUGGAGAAAGCGAUGGCUGCUACCAAGCGUCCAAGAGGAAGCGGUCAGAUUCCGGUUUGAGCAGCACAAAAAACAAACUCAGUAGGGUUUGCAGCAACAGCCCUACGGCGAACCUCAUGGCCAAGAAACGUGUCAUACGCAUGCUGUUAGUUAUCGUAGGGCUUUUCUUUCUCUGCUGGACGCCGAUCUUUGCCGUUAACGCCUGGCGGGCCUUCGACAGACGUUCAGCUGAUCGUCUCCUCUCAGGAGCACCAAUAUCCUUCAUCCACUUGCUGUCCUACACCUCCGCCUGCGUCAACCCAAUAGUCUACUGUUUUAUGAACAAGCGGUUCAGACAAGGUGUGCUUUCGACCUUUCCCUGCUGCAGGGCUGAUCACGAUGAGGUGAGCAGGGGCAGCAGCCGGCGCAGUGCUGGAGCAGCUGGAGGACUGGGAAAUCUGUUUGGGACAGGAGGAGGUAGACAGGUUAACGGGACUACAGAAACCUCUGGAACACUUACCAGACUGACCAAUUCCAAUAUUCGAGGGUCUGCACAAUCAUAAUUAAAGAAAGCAAUGGGCAAUGACCCUGACUUUGAACGCUGAAGAAGUUCUCAGCCGAGGAACCCAUUUUGGGUUGCAAGGACUUCUUCUGACAAGAACUUUAUCUUGGUAAAGUCUGAAAUAUAUGAUAUCAGUAUCAAAAUAUGAAUGAGAAAUUUGACAUGCUGUUGCCAAGCUGGUUUGAAUAAUUUAAAACCUCUGUGAACAGUCAGGGUUUGAAUAGUUUGAAACCUUUGCAAACAGUAUAAUAGAAAAACAAAUGACCAGUUUCCUGUCUGAAGACAGAGAUUUGUUGAUGACAAAUGUGAACUGCAACAUACAGAUGAUGGUUGGCAAUAGCACUGAAGUGAUGACAGAAUUCAGUGCUUUAUUUUAGAUAUUCAUCACUGUUAAAUAAUUAGGGGCAUCAAAUGGAGUAGGAAUGUGGCACUGAAAGAGACUCCAGUCCUCAUUAGGGCUCUGACUUAAAGGAAUGGUUCACCCAAAUACAAUGGCGGCCCGUGCAUUUUAAAUCUGGGCCUUCAGUGCGAUUUAUGCCAUUAAGAAAAAAAACACAGUUUCUCAAUGAAUAAGACACUGUAUGUCUAUCAUACAUUAUGUGGCAGUCAACUAAUAAUAACAAUUGACAUUUGAAAAACACACCCAUGCAUGAAAGCCAGAACCAAGGGGGUCUAAUAUGAAGAAAAAUCUAUAUAAUAUUUGCGAUUUAUAUGUUGCUUGCAAUAAAUUUGGUUUCGUCAGAGUACACGGUUAUUUUUCAAAACUUGAUCCAACACUGAAUGCUCAAGCAGCCUAAUUUACACUUAGAAAACUCCUGAUAUUGCUAUAACAAUGCAAAAAGCACUUACCAAUUUACU